AUGGUUCUUGAUAUCUUUAUCUCCACCUUCACUGGGUUCAUUAAAGAACCCAUCGCGGAAUUUUUUGCUGUCCCAAUCAAACGACAUAUCAGCUACCCUUUCACCUACAAGAGCAACGUUGAGAAACUCCAUCAUGAGGCUGAGGAAUUGAAGAACAGAACAGUCAAGUUGCAGCAAUCUGUUGAGGAGUCUACAAGGCAAGGGGAUGAGAUCCAUGAAAGUGUCAGCAAGUGGCUGAGCGAUGCAGGCAAAGCUAUUGAAGAAGCUGAGGAAUGUAGCAAAGGUGAAAAACAAGCGAAAAAGAGGUGUUUCGUUGGAUUAUGUCCUGAUUUGAAGACACGCUACCAGCUUAGCAAGAAAGCAGAUAAGAAAGCUCUGGCAAUUCAUGAGCUGGCGAAUGAAGGCGACCUUGAUUCAAUUUCCUUCCAUCCCCCUCUACAGCAGAUAGUUGCCCCGUCAAUAUAUGCUAGUGAGGGCUUGAAUUCAAGAGAGUUGUUCUUGGAGAAAGUUAUGGAUGCACUAUUGGAUCCAGAUCUUAAUAUGAUCGGGGUGUAUGGACUUGGAGGUGUGGGUAAGACCCACCUAGCAGAACAGGUCCACAGAAAAGCUCUGGUAGGGAAGCGAUUCGACGUCGUCGCUAAGGUUGCUGUAGGUCAAACACCAGAACUCCGAAGAAUUCAAUCGGAGAUCGCUGAUAUCCUGGGCUUGAAAUUUGAUGUGGAGGAAAUACCUGGAAGAGCUAAUCGGCUAUACGAGAGGUUGAAGAAAGAGAAGAAGGUACUUAUAAUUCUUGAUGAUAUUUGGAAAAAACUUGAUUUAAAUGCAGUAGGAAUUCCCUUUGGAGAUGGUUUCAAAGGAUGCAAAAUACUUCUCACCUCAAGGGGACAAGAUGUGUUAUCUCGCGAGAUGGGCACACAGAAAGAAUUCAAGCUCGACGUUCUACAGGACGAAGAGGCUCGGAGUUUGUUUGAAAUAACUGUAGCAGGUGCUAAAGAUUCAAAAUUGCCCCCUAUCGCCGCAGAAAUUGCUAAAAAAUGUGCAGGAUUGCCUCUGCUACUGCUCACAGUGGCGACAGACUUGAGAAAUAGAGAGUUAUGCGCGUGGAAUGAUAAGCUGAAACAGCUAUCUGAGUUUGACAAUGAAGAAAUAUAUUCAAAAGUACAGGCAGUUCGGAAGUCAAGAUACGACAAUUUGUAA